AUGGAGCGGUACGGUAGACAAGCGAAUGUGAAAGAUGUCAUCAAUUUUCGAGUCGUUCGACCGGUCAAAUUGGCAUUGGCACCUAAAUUUCGGGCUUUGGGCAAUAUUACCAAUAAUCUUAGGAAUAAUAUAAAGUAAGUUUUUCUAUACGUUUUUACUAUACUAAAAAUGAGUUUUUCCAUAAAGUUUCUGACCAGAACACUAAAAAAUUGUUCAAAAAAAAGUUUUACCGGUAAAAUCAAGGUUUUCUACAAACUUUUCGACUAAAAAUAGAUUUUCAAUUGCCUUUUUAACCAUAAAAAGCAAAAUAAUUCAUUUUUCAGAUCUACAGCCAUCGUUGCAGGAGUCGCGAUUAAAGUUAAAGCCAAGAAAAGUGCUACUGUAGUUUCUAAGGCUUUGGUCGAAAAAACACGGAAAUUGGAGGACAAAAUCGAAGUUCAAAUUGCAAAAAAAGAAGCUGUCAAACAGGUAUGGUUAAUAUAAAUAUACGUUCUAAUCAAAAUUGAUUCGAAAUAAGUUUUUUAAAGUCAAAAAGUUUAUAGACAACUAAAUUUUUUGCUUUUUGGGUUAAAAAUUUUUUAGAAAACUUAAAUCAGUCAUAAUUCCAUUAACUUUUUGACCCUGAUUUUAAUAUCUUUAUAAAGUUGCAGACCUUAAUAAUAAUUUUAUAAAAUUGCAGGUUUAUCCAACAGAGUACUAUGCAUACUCCAACGAAAAGUUGAUUGAAGUUUAUCAACAAUAUGAAGCUCGUUUUACAGCCUUUUUCGAAUAUUAUCUUCUACUGGUUCAAGAACAAUAUUAUUGUAAGUGGCUUGAUUUUUUUGGUCAAAAAGUUUGUGAAAAAAACAUGGUCGCCACACAAAACGGUCGAUAAAUUUAUAGACGACGCUAAAUUUUAGUUUUUUUUUAAUAAAAUUCAAAAAAAAUUGCUAACCGAAGAAAAAAAUAAGGAAGAUCCGCCCCAUUAGAUAGAGCAUUCCAAAAUUUUUCUAUCCAGCCACGCUAAAACGAGCUGAAAGAAGUACCAACCUUAAAUUGGAACUCUGCAGUUCGAAUCUGUAUCAAAAUUGAUUUCAAGUCAUGAAAGAAGAACUUGCUUUUUGACUGGGUUGCGCUGGACAGCGAGAGAGAAGAGAGCAAAAGGCUUUGACAGAGAGAAAAAUCUUCGGAAAUGUGCACUGUGCGUUCGAUCUACUGUUUGCAGCAAUUGCCAAUGUUAUUCGGUCAAAAACUUUAUAGAAAAAAAUUAUUUUAAAUAUUUGGGUAAAAAAUUGGUCGAAAAUUCAAUUUUUCAUUAUUAAAAAUAAAAAAUUCAAAUAUAAAAAUCAUUUUCAGUCUUCAGAAUAGCUGAAAGCCAAGAACAUGAUCUAUAUCAACUUCAAUGCAAGAAGAAUCAGAUCAACUUGGAGACUGAACAAUUCAAAGAACUGUGCAAAAACGUUGUCGAUCAUGAAGAUCAGAAGCUGGAAGAAUUGAAAAUGAAAAAAGAAGAGAAAAUGGAAGAAGUUACGGAUCUGCACAAUAACAUUGACAAUCAAUUGGAGACGUUUUGUAGGUUUUUAGAUAUAAAAAUGAAGGAUUUGAUAGAAAAAUGGAUUUUCAAUAUAAAAAAUAAACUCUUCGAUGUUAUCCUUGUUAGCUUUACAGUAUUUUAUAUUUUUUAGCUCCAUUUUAGGUAACAAAAAACAAUUUAGGUAAUAAAAAAUUUUCAGAUGAAGUUUUAAGUAAAAUCGUAGGAAAAUCAGAAGCUUCCCUGAAGGAAAAUGCCUUGAUUGGUCAUGAUUUAAUAACAAAACAGCUUAUGUAAGUCAUUUAAUAAGAAAAUUUUGUUUUUAGGUCAAGAGGUUUAUAGAAGAGCAUAUUUUAGGUCUAAAAAUAAAUAGUAAACUUUAUUUUUGGCUAAAGAAUAACUUAAAGUGUAUUUUUGGUUCAAGGAUCCUUGCAAGGAUAGACAAACAUGUUUUUGGACCUAAAAAUUAAUAGAAAAAUCAUGUUUAGGUAACAAACUUAUGUCAAAUCCAACGUUUUUUUUAAUUUAUAAAAAAGUUUUAUAAUUUCUGUUCCAGGAUAGAUUUACUCAGUAACAACAUGACGGCUGAUGAUGUUCUUAACCUGAGAGUGUUGUCACAAGAUAUUCAGCAACUUCGAAGCCGUACCAAAGAUUGCUUGGCCAAAAGGAGUGCCAAUUUUGUCAAUACAAGUCCGUUUUUUGCUGCAAAUGUCAUCGAUGAUGGUUACAGCUUGAUCUGA